AUGUUACCGAUUCAUUCAAUUAUCGUGGCAAGCAUUUUCAUUUCAAUUAUUUCUUGCCAAACAAUUUAUGAAUUGUUAGACUCAUUUAGAUUCUUAAAUGAAGGUACAAUAUCAAGUUCUGAUAUUUAUGAAUAUCAAUAUGAAUUUUCAGCCUAUACAGAACCAGAAAAUGUAACACGAGAAAAUUUUGCAUGGGUAGAAGAAUCUGUCCGACCGUAUUUAUAUCAAACCGAUCCAACAGAACCCUUACAAUGUAAUUCAAAUCCAUUGUUAUCAGGUACUGAUUUACCCGGUGCUGAUUUUCUAUCAAUAAUACCAUCGUCAGCUGAUGCAUCUCAUUGUGUUACAUUAUGCUGUACAUAUAUUUCAUGUGUUGCAUGGUCUUAUGCGUCUUUAGCACCAGCAGAUUUUAAUGGCUGUAAAAAACAACAGCCAUGCUGCUAUUUAAAAACAUAUAUACCAGCUUCUUCACAUGAUCCAAAUAUUAUUUCUGCAAUCAUGAAUCGCACAUAUCCAUACAAUCAUCCUCCAACUGGGCUACGAUCAGCUGUACCAUUAGGUGGCAUAACAACAGGUUCGAUCGAAUUACGUGGUGAUGGAACAUUUCAUGAAUGGACAGUUGAAAAUCAAUCGCCAGCUGCUGGAGCUAAAUUUGGUGUUGUUGAUGAUGCAUUAUUAGCGAUUAGAUUAAAAAAUUUAGAAUCAAAUGAAACUCAUACUCGGUUAAUACGUACACAUCCAAAUCAUUAUUUUAAAGGUAUAGAUACCAUAAAAUAUCAUGGAUCAUAUCCUGUCAGUAAAUUAGAGUUGAUCGAUAGUACAUUAAUAGCUAAUAUGGAUCUAUAUGCAUAUUCAACACUUAAAGUAGGUGAUUUAAAUCGUUCAAUGACACCAGCUAUUAUUUUUUCAUUAAAUAUUGAAAACCCAAAUGAUUAUUCUAUUUCUGUUGAUUUUAUGUUUAAUGUACCAUUAUCGGUUCAAAUCGAUCAAACAAGACUUUCUAAAAAUGUAAUACGACAAAUAACUACUAAUACAUAUGCUGAAUGUUUAUCAUUUUGUGAUCAAAAUAACUUGUGUGCUUCUUGGAACUGGUUCAUAACUGACAAUCAAAAUACAUGUUUAUUAUAUAGUGAUAUUGGAAAUAAUGUUUAUCUAAAUGGUCAUGUCAGUGGUGUACGUGGGCAAUGGACAUAUAAUCAAACUGGUCCAUUAGUAUUAAAUCGUCCAGGAAAAAUGACUGCUAAUGGUCAAUAUCUAUUAUGGCCAAUGCUAUCAUCGGAUCAAACAAUGACAGCAACUAUUGAUAAUGAUAUUAAUAAUUUACUAAGUAAUUUUUCAACAAAUGGUGGAUGGUUUCAACAAACCGAAAUAGAAGGAUCUGCUGCUGCAAAUGGUGCUGUUUCUAUUUCAACAAAAUUGCAACCAGGUGAAAAAAAGACUGCAUCAAUACUAUUUGCUUGGUAUUUUCCACAUCAUUAUUGGCUAGAUUUACCAUUAGAUAAUUAUUACUCUUUAUUGUUUAAUAAUGUAACAGAUGUUGGAAAAUCCCUAGGAAUAGAUAAAACCGAUGGUCAAUUGAAAAUAAUUGUAAAAGAUAUAUUAACAUUACAUAAUAUUUAUUUCAAUUCUAGUUUACCGGAUUAUUUAGUUGAUUCAUUAAUAAAUAGCGUUUCUCAUAUGCGUAGUGCGAUGUAUUUUUCUAAUGGGGACUGGCGACAAUGGGAAGCAUACGAUUGUAAUGAUGUUGAUAGUGUACAUAAUGAUCAUCAACGUCACAUACCGUAUAUUUUAUAUUUUCCUGAAACCGAAAAAAUUAAAAUGUAUACAUGGGCAAAAUAUCAACAAGCCGAUGGUAUGAUACAAGAAACAUUUUCAGUUGGUUGUAUGGGUGAUACAGCUCCAUAUGAUCAACAUGGUGGAAGAAAUAUGGGAGAUGUGACAACAAUAUUUAUAUUAGAAACAUUAGAAUUAUAUCGUUGGACAAAUGAUUUUACUUUUCUAAAAGAUAUGUAUCCGCAUGUAGUAGCAGGUAUACAAUGGCAAUUAAGUGUGUCAACUCAAUUAGGUUUACCAGAACAUUUAGAAUGUACUUAUGAUAUACCAAAUAUGAGUCAAUAUCCAACAACAACAUUUAAUUCAUUCAUGCAUUUAGCUGCAUUACGUGCAUGUAUGGAAUUAUCUUAUAUUAUGAAUGAUACAGUAACAUAUGGGAAAUGUUCUAAAUCGUUUAUUAUUGCUAUUAAACAAAUCAAUCAAUUAUUAUGGUACAAUGAUAGUAUAGAUACAGGUUAUUUCUUAGCUUAUACAGGUGGGCAAGGUGAAAAAGCGAUAUUUACAGAUGCAUUGUAUGGUCAAGUAUUAGCAUUUACAUAUGGAUUAGGUCCUUUAUAUAAUAUAUCAAUAAUGAAAAAACAUCUAGAAAGUGAAGUAAGAUUAGCAGAUACACCAUAUGGAUUACGUAUGUUAACUGGACGAGAACCAUUAACAAAUCCACAAGAUAAUUCUAUAUGGAUGGGUGCAUCACAAGAUUGGUCUGUGUUAAAUUUAUGGUUUAAUAUGGAUUUCAAUAGUGCAUUAAUACAAUCGGAAAAGGGUUUAAAUAAUGUAAGAAUAACAUUAAAUGAUCAAUGGAAUAUACAUGGUCUGUAUGCAGCUGAUGGUUAUGGCAUUGGAGGAAAACCGUGGAUAACAUCCCAUUAUGGUUUUCAUAUGGUCUUAUGGCAUUUACCAUUUGCAAUUACAGGUCAAUAUACGGAUUUAUCGAGAGGUAUAUUAUUAUUUUCACCGAAAUUGCGACCACCUUUUAUUUUACCUGCACUUAUUCCCAAUACCUUGGGAUCAAUAAGUGCAACUCCGCUACUAAAUGGUCAAUCAUCUUAUACAUUUUCAUUAACAAUUGGAAGUUUAUCCUUAAAUAUACUUGCUAUUAAUAAUGUGAAACAUCCAGGAAGUGUUAAUUUAACAGCUGGUCAAUCGGUACAAUGGAUCGGAUAA